AUGUCCACGACAGCCCAGAAACCCCUCCCCAUCAUCCAUCUCAAUGGCUUCCCCGGGACGGGCAAGCUCACCGUCGCGAAAUGUCUGCAGAAGAUGCUAGGGCCUCACGGCCGCCUGGUUCACAACCACCUGCUCAUCAACCCGGCCGACGCUGUGUUGCACCGCACCGAGCCGGGAUACCAGGACCUGCGGCGCGCCAUCCGCAGCGCCGUCUUCUCGUCUCUGGCGCAGAGCGCCGCCACCCACGCCUUUGCCUACCUCUUCACCGACUUCCAGUCCAGCGACCCCGUCGGCAGCGCCACGUGCGCUGAAUACCUGGACGCGGCGCGCGCCAGAGGGUGCUCGCUCGUGUCCGUCGUCAUGAGCUGUGACGAGGCCGCCAAUGUCGAGAGGCUGGUGACGUCGGAGCGCCGGGCGCAUGGAAAGAUUGUCGACCGCGAGCUGCUCGGCAAGUUUCGCAGCGGCGUGGAUAUUCACCGGUUUGACGGUCCGGACCACGCCAGCCUGGAGCUGGACGUGACGCAGUUGAGUGCCGAGGAGGCGGCGCACCGGAUUCUGCAGCACGUGUUCAAGACUUGUCCCGAGGUUGAACGGGCCGUGGCGGGUGGGAAGGCAUCAUGA